AUGUGGACAGAGCUUAGCGGGGAGAACUCAUCCCUGCCAUGCAUGCUGCAGAGGGUGGCUCGAAGGCUGAGGAAUGGAAUAACUGGACGGCUCAGUCACUCAGAGGUGUGGCAGGUGAUCCUGGGAAAACUCAGUCACCUGGGGUUGCGAACAGCUGAGGCUCCUCAGACAACUCUCUCCAUGCCUAUGUGCUCUUUCCAGCAUGGUGGCUUCAGGGUAGCUAGACUUCGUACACCUUCCGGUGGAGGGGGGCGCACCCCCAGGGCCCCACGGGCUGCGGGCCUACUCCCCAGAUCCCAGUCGCUGGGGGUCGCGACCGAAGCAGGGCGGGAGGAGGUCGUGCCACCCGGGGAGGGUGUGAAAGCAGCCUCUGCCUCUGCGGCAGCAGACAGCAGCCUGAAAAAUGGCUUUCAGCGUGAAACUGGUGGGGAGAAGGCCCUAGAAACCUGUGGCACAGAGCGGUCGGAGUCUGAGCUGAUGAUGACUGGGGCAAAGGCCGCGGAAGCGAGGACUGAAAGGGGCACCAUCUUCUCAGAAGCAGUGGACGAGGAGGAGAGGGUUGAAGUGGAGGAAAAGCUAGUGGCUGAGGAAAUGGAAGUGGUGGAGAAGCACAGAGGGGUAAAUGAGGUGAAGGAUGAGGCAAGGCCCCAGCAGAGUGAGGGUCUCCACCUGAAUCCCCUGGAAGCCAUCCAGCUGGAACCACACCCUCAGGCUGACCGGGCCUUCCUCCAGUUCGGGCGCAAUUUUGGGCGCAUGUGUCAACACUACCUACAGUGGAGGUACAUCCUGGGCUUCUGAGUCACUACCGUUCGGAACCACCCACAGCUAUCUGCCCUGAUUAGAGGCAGAGGUGCAGAGAUGUUCAGGUACGUAGCGAAUUAUAAGGUGAAGGAACUCAGACAUCCUAGGAUGGGGUGCAAGUUCAAGUUCUUCUUUCGAAGAAACCCAUAAUUCUUCUUUCGAAGAAACAACUGGAUUGUGAAGGAAUACGAGGUCAGAUCCUCGGGGCACGUGGUGUUUCUUUCCACUCCGAUCAUAUGGCACCCGGGCCAUGAACCCCAGGCCUUUCUUCCUAGGAACCAAGACCUCAUGUGCAGCUUCUUUGCCUGGUUUUCAGACCACAGCCUUCCAGAGUCUGACAGGAUUGCUGAGAUUAUCAAAGAGGACCUCUGGCCAAAUCCACUGCAGUACUACUUAUGGGAUGAAGGAGCCCAUAGGGCUAGACUUCUCCAGACAAGGGAGCCAGUGGAGAUACCCAGGCCCGUUGGGUUCCAAUCUGGUUAA